UGAACUUGCUAGCAAGAUCUCUAUUAUAUUCAUGUCCAGUUGUUGAUAAGUGCAUCAACAAUUGAAAGUUACGAGAAAAAAUGGGAAGGGAGAAACGGACAUGUCAAGGUAAACAACACUUCAGCCAUCCACACAUGUUGAAACCCAUUGUGAAUCCAACUGAAACUCUCACUUGCAAUGCUUGUGAGCAUCCAAACAUUACUAGUAACUUCUAUGGUUGCAAUACCUGUCAAUAUUUUCUCCAUGAAAACUGCCUCAAUGCUCCGCGUUUUCUCAAUCAUUCAUCUCAUCCUUCCCAUCACUUGACCCUUCUACCAACUCCAACUUACUCGAAUCGUUCUUAUACUUGCAAGGCUUGUGGCUCUGCUGGCAAUGGUUGUAGCUUUAGCUGUGCCUGUUGUGAAUUCGACAUCCACAUGCACUGUGCCCUUUUGCCCCAAACUGUUGUCCUUCCCCAGCACCAUCAUCAUGAACUUGAGCUCAUAUUCGAAUCCCCUUUCUAUGAUGAUGGAAGCACCGUUUUUGUCUGUGAUCUUUGUCGCGACAAUGUAGAUCUUAAUAACUCGUUCUAUUAUUGUGCUGAUUGUGACUUUGGUACACAUCUCGAAUGUGGCAUUUCCAAAUCUGUCAGCCAAGAACGUCCGAAACUGUUGGGCAACAAACCAAGAGAAAAUCCAGUAGUGAUCAGGAAAACAGAGGAGGUACCCGUCAAGAACGAAAAAGAAAUCAAUCAAGAAGAAGAGGCAGAGGAGGAAGAAGAAGAAGCCGAAGAAGCGGAAGAGGAAGAGGAACUCAAUUAUCCAAGUUCGAUUCUUAUUGACAAACAUCCACAUGAGUUGGAGCUCUGCUUUGGUUCUCCUUACGAAGAUAAGGAUACCCUGUUUGCUUGUGAUAUCUGUAAUAUCGUAAUGGACUCGGAUGAAUCAUUAUACUAUUGUGCUGAUUGUGAUUUCGUGUCGCACUUGCACUGUGCAUCUCCUGAUGCUGAUGUUCUUCCGUCAUCACAUCCACGUCGAAAUCCAAAUCCAAAUCCAAAAUAUCAAAUUCCAAAUGUAAAUUCAUCAGUGGAGAUGAUAAAUUCAGUUAGUGAUGCUCAUGAGCGGCUUAUAGCAGCUCAAAUUGAAUCUCAGAUUGCAAGAAGAGGAAGACAGGCUAUACUGGAUUCGAUAGACGGACCAUCACCAAGACGCUAUUACUACUAAAUAUCCACCUUUUCAAUUUUAUGUUUAACUUUUUGCAAAUCAAAUGCCUCUUGUAUUUCUAUUUUAUUUAUCCGCAUUCAUAGGGCCCAAUUUGAGGAGAUAACCCUACCUAAAUAUUUUCAUAUCCAAGGCUUGAAUUUAAGACAUCGGACAUCAACACCAUUCACUACACCACAUCCUGACGACUCUUGCAAUUUUAUCGUUCAUGUAUUGAUGGACAUUUUUCUCCAUCUUCUUUACGGUUUCUAUGUCAAUCUAUUCACAGUUGGUUGAUAA